CCUGUGGAUACCGUUCCGACCCGCUUUAGCAUCGAGCGAACCAGAACAAGUUCUGUCGACCGGACACAGUCUGCAGGUUUUAUCCCACCGACACGCCGUGGAUUAAGCACGGUGAUGGCGGACGACCUGGACAUUGAGGCGAUGCUGGAGGCUCCAUACAGGAAGGAAGUUGCCAAAAAUCAGAGCCCUGACAGCCAGGCUGACAGCAAGAGGAAGAGACGAAGCCGCAGUCACAGCCAAGGAAGGAAACGCAGUCGCAGCAAGGACAGGAUGCAUAGCCGCAGUCAAGACAGGAAGCGCAGUCGAGACAGGAAGCGCAGUCGCAGCCGGGACAGGAAGUACAGUCCUAGUCGCAGCGGCAGUAGAGAAACACACAGAAGUAAAAGCCGAGAACCCUGGCGUACACUCGGCUGGGAGCAGGGAGGCCGCUACAGAGACCACCAGACUGAUAUGCUCCUGGACAGCCUGUCUCCAGAGGAGCGAGACGCUCGGACGGUCGUCUGCAUGCAGCUGGCAGCCCGGAUCCGACCACGCGACCUGCAGGAGUUCUUCUCUGCUGUGGGGGAGGUUCGACUUGUGAGGAUGAUCUCCGACAGGAACUCGCGCAGAUCCAAGGGCAUCGCCUACAUCGAGUUUGUAGAGGCCAGUUCGGUUCCACUGGCCAUCGGACUGACGGGCCAGAGGCUGCUGGGAGUUCCCAUCAUUGUGCAAGCGUCCCAGGCAGAGAAGAACCGUGCUGCGGCUGCGGCUGCAGCUGCUGCAGCUGCUGCAGCCAACACUGUGCAGAAGUUACCAAGUGGACCGAGGAGGCUGUAUGUGGGCUCGCUGCACUUCAACAUCACUAAGGAGAUGCUGAGAGGGAUCUUUGAGCCGUUUGGACGGGUGGAGAACAUCCAGCUGAUGAUGGACAGCGAGAGCGGCUGCUCUAAAGGCUACGGCUUUAUCACUUUUGCAGACGCUGAGUCAGCUAAGAAAGCUCUGGAGCAGCUGAACGGGUUUGAGCUGGCGGGUCGGCCCAUGAAGGUGGGUCAUGUGACCGAGCGCAAUGAAGCCUCCACCGCUUCUACCUUCCCAUGUGACGAGCUGGACCUGAUGGGCAUGGACCAAGGAACCACCAGCAGGCAGCUGCUGGGUCCAAUGACUGAAGGUCCUGGUCUGAUCCCUCCUGCUGCUCAGCAAGCUCUGCAGAUGAGUGGAGCGAUCGCUAUCGGAGCCCUGGCUGCUGUUUCAGCUGCCAUGAAUCCAGUUCUGAGCAUGAACAUGAACAUGAACCCUCCAGCUAUGAAUCUUCCAUCCCAGCCUCUCGCCACUCACUGCUUCCAGCUGUCCAACAUGUUCCACCCCAGCAGUGAGAACACUCCGGGGUGGGAGCUCAACAUCCAGCGUGACGUCAUCGAGGAGUGCAACAAACAUGGAGGAGUCGUUCACAUCUACGUGGACAAAAACUCACCUGAGGGGAACGUUUACAUCAAGUGUUUGUCCAUUCCUGCCGCCAUGGCCUCUGUGAGCGCUCUCCACGGAAGAUUCUUCAGAGGUAAGAUGAUCACGGCAGCGUACGUCCCCCUGCCUACUUACCACAACCUGUUUCCAGAGUCAGCCACUGCCACACAGCAGCUGGCUCCGCCCCCCAUGCGGUGAUCAACAAAUACUGCUCUGUGAUUGGAUGUUUGAAGUUGAACCCGCCUCUUUUUAAAAUCUUGAUGUCUUAUUGGACCAGUUGGAUAUCGGUGGAUGA